AUGCUCCCAAGUAACUACACGCGUGUGUCAGAGUUUGUGAUCGUGGGCUUCCCGGGGCUUCAUCCAUCCUUCUACCAGCUGGUGGCCUGGUUCUUCUUCUUCAUCUAUGUGACCACGGUGGUGGGGAACUUCCUGCUGGUGGUGCUGUUUGCCCUGGAGCGCAGCCUGCAGAAACCCAUGUACAUCAUCAUGCUCAGCCUGGCUCUGUCAGAUAUAGGGUUCUGCACGGUGGCCCUUCCCAAAGUGAUAGCUCGGUGGUGGUGGGACGACGCUGGCAUCUCUUUCUAUCUGUGUCUGAUACAGAAACAACUCAUCCACUACUUUGGAACGCUCAACUCUCUCAUCAUGAUGACCAUGGCUAUGGACCGGUACCUGGCUAUCUGCUACCCUCUCAGGUACACUAAGCUGAUGACCAACAGGACCAUGUCUCUCCUAACAGCCAUGUCCUGGGUGUCAGCCAUGAUAGCUCCAGGCAUCACCACCAUCCAGUCAUCCCAGAUGUUUUUCUGUGGGCCCAACCGCAUCAUCCAUUGCUACUGCGACACCAUAUCUCUCAACAAGCUUUCGUGUGCUGACAUCUCGUCCCAGAGCAGAGUAUCCUUCUCAAUAGCCAUGUUCGUCCUCCUCCUCCCCUUCGGCUUCAUCAUCUUCUCCUAUGUCAACAUAGUUAUGGCCGUGCUCAGAAUGGCCAGCACACAGAGUCAGUGGAAGACCUUCUCCACCUGUAGUUCCCAGCUGUGUAUCAUCUCUCUGUACUACGUCCCCCGGUGCUGCGUCUACACCAUUAGCAUCAUCAACUUGUCCAUCAGCCAGGACUUUGUUAUCGGCCUGACCCUGCUCUACAGUCUGCUGCCUCCCCUCCUCAACCCCUUCAUCUACUGCCUCCGUACCAAGGAGAUCAAGGCUUCCCUGGCCAAGUGGGUCCAACGCACAUCACAAACCCUCCAUCCACCCCAUAGCCAGCUGACAGGCACUCAGGCAGCCUGCCGCUUAUAAAAUCACACAGAAGGCGUUAUGACUGCACACAU